AUGGCAUUAGAAGUAGAAUCAAUUUUAAGAAGUUCUGGUGUUACUCCAGCCACUUGUGCUUUUAUUAAAGGUAUUCCGAAAGUUGGUCUUGAUAAAAAUGAUAUACAAAGAUUAAAUGAGGGUGAUUUAAAAGUUUCAAGAAGAGAUAUUGGUUAUACUAUAGCUAAGCAAUUAAGUGGUGGUACAACAAUUGCAUCAACAAUGAUUUUAUCGAAUUUCGCAGGUAUAAAAAUUUUUGCAACAGGUGGUUUAGGUGGUGUUCAUAGAGGAGCUGAUAAAACGAUGGAUAUAUCUGCUGAUUUAAAUGAAUUGGGUAAAACUCCAGUCAGUGUAGUUUGUGCUGGUCCAAAGGCAAUUUUAGAUAUUGGUUUAACAAUGGAAUAUUUAGAAACUCAAGGUGUUUUCGUGGGGACUUACAAGAAUAAAAUGAUUCCUGGUUUUUAUAAUGAUAAUUCAGGUAUAAAAUCACCAUAUACAUUUGACACCUAUCAAGAAGCUGCAAGAAUUAUCAAAAAUUCAUUGAAUGGUAGCGUUUUAUGUAUACCACCACCCAAUAAUUUGAAUAUAAAUCAUAUAAUUGAUGAGUUGAUACAGACUGCUCCUGUCUCAGGUAAAGAAUUAACUCCAUAUUUAUUAAGUGAAAUUGCAAAAAGAACCGAGGGGAGAUCUGUUGAUGUAAAUAUUGAUUUAGUAAAAAAUAAUGUAAAAGCAGCUGCAGAAAUUGCAAAAGAAUAUUAUAAAUUGGGAGAUGAAGUAUUUACACCAGUUAUAGAACCUGGUUUUGAUCCUAUACCACCGAGACCUGAUAAAGUAGAUGUCACAGUUAUUGGUUCAGUUGCACUUGAUACAUAUGCAACAUUAAACACCACCAAAUUUCACGAUUCAAAUAUAGGUACAAUUCAACAAUCAAUUGGAGGUGUAGGCUAUAAUAUAGCUAAAGCAGCAAGUUAUAUAUGCAACUCCAAAUUAAUUUCCCGAAUUUCUAAAGAAGAUGCUCAUAAAGUUGAUGUAAAUUCAUCAUUAGUUUACGGUAAAACUGCACAAUAUAUAUCAACUCAUGAUUCAAAUGGUGAUUUAAUAAUCGCAUGUGCCGACAUGUCAGCAAUUGAAGAAGAUUUUGAAAUAAAACCAGAAUCAGAUAUUGUUGUUUUUGAUUGUAAUUUAUCACCAUCAACUAUGAAUAAAGUAUUAGAUAAAUCAAAAACAAAUAUAAUAGAGCCUACUUCACAUUUUAAAGCCAAAAGAAUUGGUCAAUUGAAUUUAGGGGUGUAUCCAAAUAAUCAAGUUAAAUUAAUAACACCUACAAUUGCAGAAUUAUCAUCGAUUUAUGAAUCAAUGAAGCAUAAAUUUGAUAUUGAUGAAUGGUUUCCAAUUAUAGAUAGUAUAAAACCAGAUUAUAAUAAAUUAGAUGCUAAAUUAUUAGAAAAAGGUGUAUUUCAACAAUGUUUUAGUUUAUUACCAUUUUUCCAAAAUAUUUUAGUGAAACUAGGUGGUGAUGGUGUUUUAUUAGUAAGUUUAUGUCAACAAGAACAUGUUAAAUUAGAUUCUGGAUAUUCAAAGAGGUUUGGUAAUGCAAUUGUAGAGUAUUUUCCAAUCCCCAAAGAAAAUGAAAAUUUAAAAAUUGUAAAUGUUACGGGUGCUGGUGAUACAUUUGUUGGGUACUUAGCCGGUAAAUUAUCUAAGACUAACUGGCUACAAACCAAUCUUACUAAAGAUCUAGUACAAUCAAAAUAUGAUAUUAUAUAUAAAUCUCAAUUAGCAGCUGGACUUUCAUUAACGUGCGAAAAAUCAGUUGAUAAAAAAAUUGCCAAUAUAUAAUGUUUAGACGAAUUCCUUUAUUAGCAUUAUUACCAUUUCGUAAUAUAAAUGAAACAGUUGAGGUUGAUAAUUCAAUUAAUCCAUUUCCUUAUGAAAUUGAAACGCCUACAAGAAAAUAUCAAUUACUAGGUUAUGGGGUUAGAUCAGUUACAUUUAUAAGUUUCAAAGUUUAUGGAAUUGCAAUAUAUAUUGAUAAAAAUGAUAUUCCUAAGUUGAAAGAACCAACAGAUGAUGGUAUAAGAGAUAUGGUUUCAAAUUGUAAUUUUUUGGUAAGGUUAACACCAGUUAGGAAUACUGAUUUUAAUCAUUUAAAAGAUGGUUUGAUUAAAAGUAUCCUUGCGCAUGAAUCUUCAAAACAAUUGGAUUUAAAUUUAGGUUUGCAAGAAUUAAGAGAUGCUUUUAAGAUUAGAGGUUCUGUUCCAAAGAAUGAUUUAUUAUUUAUGGAAUUUAAUAAAGGAUUGAUGAAUUUCUCUUAUGCAAAUAAAAAAGAGUAUAAAGAAAUGGGCAAGAUUACUGACCCUCAAAUUGGUACUCAAUUAUUCCUUCAAUAUCUUGGAAAGAAACCAUUGAGUCAAUCUUUAAAAGAAAGUUGUGUAAAUCAAAUAAAUAGCUUAAUAUAA